AUGCAGUUCAGAGGGAUGAUGGAAGUUGAGCCGCCGAGCCCGAUCAGGUACUUGAUAGGAGCUGCGAUCAUGAUGGUGGGAGUGGUGUUGCCCGUGGGCUACAUGAUGUUCCGUAACAAGCGCGCGCCUUCUUCUUCUUCUUCUUCCUCUUCGUCUUACUCCAAGCAGACGUAGGAGCAAAGUGUUGAUUUAGAGACACAGUUUAAUUCUUUGAUUUGACAAGGCCUACUAGAUCCAAAAUAGAUUAGAAGGAAGGCCUUCGGAGGCCUGUGAAUUACAGUUGUAAAUGCUCUGGAACUUCAAUUCAUCAUAUUGUUCUGAGUUUCACUUCAAGUUCACGAUAGUGAGUGAAGAUGGUUUAUGCUGUCUUGUUUCCCAGUUUUGAUCGGUUUGCUGCAUUGAUAAGUCCCAUACCCUUUCUUAGUGCCUUGUUUCUUAUGUCUUCUUGCUGUGGAGAGCUCUUGGAUGUCUUCUAGGUUCAGUUUCCACUGUAUCUGGGUGAUCCAUACUUUGCUGAAUACCAGCGGCUUUGUCAGCAGAAGCUUACUUUUGCUUGGGAAGAUGUACCGUCAAAUUGGUGUUUGCUCAUAACUAAUAUUAAGCAUUUGAAAUGGUCAGGUUGAAUGCUUUUGAGAUUUCCUAAAGAAAGUGCAUUGUGGUGUUUGAGAAGUAGUCUAGCCAACCGGGAAGUUUUGACUCAGUGAAGUGUUUCCAGAGUUCUUCCUUUUU